CACCAGCGAAUGGGUUGACGUCAUUGCGAAAUGACAGCUUCCAUGCAGCGACCCAGGCGAGAAAGGGAGAGAGCGCUGCGUUUUUGUGUACUACGUGUUUAGCAGCGAAUGUGUUCACGUCCACGACCAUGCAGAAUCGUAUCUUGCAUGCAGCGAGCGAGGGAGCGAGCGAUAGGGAGGGUGAGCAAGCGAGAAAGCGACCGACUGAGCAGCGAAUGAGCGAGCGAUUGAGCGUACCCUGAACUGUUGAAAGGCAGAUCUGAUUUCGACUCCACUCGGGAAAAAAAAAAGAAAAAAGAAAAAAAAGAAAGGGAGAAAGAGAGCAAACGCUCCGCUCUGUGUCUUACGUGUUUCGCAGCAGCCAUGUUGAAGUUUGCGGUCCAUGCAAAAUCAUAAUGGCUUUCAUGCAGCGAGCCAACGAGAGUGGGAGAAAGAGAGAGCGCUGCGUUCGUUGAGUACGUGUGUAGCAGCAAAUUUGUUGAUGACGUCAAUGCAAAAUGCAUGUCUUUCAUGCAGGCAGCCCGCCAGUGGCCGAGAAAGGGAGAGAGCGCUCCGCUUUUGCGUACGUCUUCUGAAUUAACAGCGAAUGUGUGGACGUCAUUGCAAAAUCAUAUCUUCAAUGCAACGAGCCAGCGAACGAGAAAGGGAAGGGGGAGCGUUUCCUUAUUUACUGCGGUUCUCCCUCCCAUCCACGUGGCAUCAGGACGGCGGCGGCGGCAUAUGAUGGCCAGGGUUUGCUAAAGAUAUUAACUACAGCAACAUCGAAGAGAGAUGAACCGUUUCAAUAACGGUUGACGUUAUCUAAAGAUCGUCUUAGCACGACUCCCUCCCCCCCCCCCUCUCAGCAAGUGUUUAACGUCCACGUGGCGAGUACAGACAACGCUUAUCCCCGGACUGCAUGCACUGAGGCCGCAGAGGACAAGAUCAGCCUGUCACGUGGCGAGAGCCGAGAGCGAUUAUCCCGCGGGAGUUGCAACUUGCCAGAGGAUCAACAGAGGAUGAAAUCAGACUGCCACGUGUCUCCACGUGCUGAUUGAAGAUAAGAACAAGUUGAAAUUCGAAAUUUAAAACUGAUGUUUAACGGAUUCACCCUUACGGUUUCCGUUAUGGUUUCCGCUAUGGUUUCGGUUAUGUUUUCCGUUAUGAUUUCUGUUAUGAUUAUGCAGGAGAGGGAGGGGGAGGUAUGUUUUCCAGCUCGACGAGUCAGAAACGAGCGGUAAGGAUUGCAGCAGCUCUGCACCUCCAAAGGAGGUAGAAGAUAACGGUGACCGUUUGGAGGUACAACGCAACGGGACGGGAGAGGCCUGAAGUUGGGAUCUCAAGGGUUGACGUCAACGCAAAGCACUGCAAGUCGGGAGGGGUCAAAAUGAGCGAUAAAUAGUUUGAAUGCUAAUCAAUUGCAAUCUAUGUUACCUUUCAUUUUUUGCAGGCGGAGGCCAGGGGGGCCGAGGAGGGAGGAGGAAGAGGAAGAAGAGAAGGAAGAGGAAGACGUGAAAGAGCUGGAGGGAGAGGAAGGGGAGGGAGUGAGGACAAGCACGACGGGUAUCGCAGCAAUAUCAGCAAUAGUAGCAGCAGCACCAGCAGCAACAUUAGCAGUAGUAUACUGACGGUCAGCGUUAUCAACUAGAUGGAGGGCGACUCGAAGAAGGAAGCUUUUAGGAAGUACUUAGACACCAGCGGAGUGCUGGAGGCACUAACUAAAGUCCUUGUGACUCUGUACGAGGAACCAGAGAAACCUCAAAAUGCUAUCGACUUUCUGAAGAGUAACUUGGGAGCACCGACUCCGGCUGAGUACGACCAGUUGAAGAACGAGAAAGAGCAAAUUGAGACCAAGUGCAAGGAAGUAGAAGCCCAGCUGGCCGCAGCCGUACAAGAGCUACAGGAUCUCAAGACUGCCAUCGGACUUAACCAAGGCCCAGCGCCGGGGGCUGAUGUGCAACAAGAACAGUCUACGGGGGCCCAACCCCCAGAGCAACAGCCAGCAGCAGCAACAGCAAGCAGUAAAUAAGGGGUAGAUUUGUAAAUGCUUCAAAUGAAUAAGCAAGGGUUCAUAUUUGAACUUUUUGAGCUGUGAAUAAGAUAAGAUACACCUUGUAAGAAACUGUCAACGUGACUGUUAGAAAAUGAAUGACUGGACUACCCCUCGCCCCCCUCCCCCUCCUUCCCUUUUGCCCUCCGCCCCUCCAACGGGAAAGAGAAAGGAAAGGAGAAGAGGGGGGUGGAAAUGGGGGGUAUGCGGGAGAGGGGGAACCCUGACUGGUAAUUUCAGUUGACCGAGUUAAGAGUUAACUUAACUGAGUUAACUUAACCGAGUUAACUUAGCUGAGUUAACUUAACCGAGGUAACUUAACUGAGUUCUCAGGUUGUUAAAGCAAUCAGUCUGACGAACAGGUUGACGGAUUGACUGCUUGACAGACCAACGAACGAUGAAGGACAGACUGAUUUCAGACUGACUAAAAAUGAAUGGACUACCCCUCUGCUUGACUGCAAUCAGACUGACUGACGGACUGACUGACUGACUGACUGACAGAAGGACAGACUGAUUUUACUGGAGGAUUGACUGACUGAUAGGUGGACUGACUAACCAGCGGUCUGAACCUGCAUGGAUGACUGCCUGUACCUGAUUGGCUGAAUAACAAUCCCUUAGAUGAGCACCCACAGGAGAACGUGUUUUUUCUUGUUGUCCCUUUUUCCGAGUUUUCUUAAACAUCAAAGGCAGUUGCUUUCGCCUAACUAGUGUUUCUUCCGUUUCAAUUUUCAGUUGUCGACGACAAUUGUGAUGGGGUUGCCUGUAUAUACUUGCUCGGGUUUAUGCUGUUCUCCCUCCUCCUCCUCCUCCUCCUUCCAUCGAUCCUCUGGAUUGCCCCUCCCUGUCGUCCUCCUGGUCAUCACCAGCAUUCGUCAUGGUUGUCGCAUAGCUGGUGCUUCUCCUCCUCCUCCUCACCCUCCUUCUUCUCCUACCGUAUUUGAUGGCUUAUGUCUCUUUGUUGUCCUGCUUAUCCGCGCAUAUUGCUAAUCUUCUGUAUCGCAUUCUCGCUCCUCCCCCUGCUCCUCCUCCUCUUCCUCCUCUUCCUCCUCCUCCUCUUCUUCUUCUUCUUCUUCUUCUUCUUCUUCUUCUUCUUCUUCUUCUUCUUCUUCUUUUCUCCUCCUCCUCUUCCUCCUCCCCUUCUGCCUCCUCAUCCCACUCGUUCCUCCUGACCGUUAGGAUAUUAUACUGGGAAAAAGCAUUUAGACACGUCCAUUUCCUAUCUGUCACUUACAGAUAGUCAAUCAGAAUAGUGACGGCACUAAAACGAAUU